AUGGGGGGGGAUACAUAUAAAAGUACGGGUCCUGGAAGCCAAUUCAAUGCUCCGAAAGGCAAUCAGCAGAACAUUACAGGCGAUAACCCAACUGUUAAUAAUUAUUACGGAGGAGGCACUGAACCACUGAGGGAGAUAAAAGAGCAGUGCCUGCAAUCGCUGUACUUUCAAGAAAUGGAACGUUCAUGCGAGAAGAUCAAGCCUGCUGUUAAUGACACUUGCAAGUGGCUGAUUCGACAUGAGAAAUAUGAGACCUGGGCCAAAAACGGGGGUUUGCUCUGGGUUAGAGGGAAGCCUGGCUCUGGGAAGUCAACUUUGCUCCUGCAUGCUUUGGAAUAUACCAAGAACAUAGCCAGUAUCGACGGCAAAAAUCCCAUCAUUCUCUCCUUCUUCUUCUUCAACCGCGGUACUGAGUUUCAGAAGACACCCCUCGGCUUCUUCCGAUCACUUCUCUAUCAGCUCCUUGAUAAAACCCCCCCUAAGGCUAUGGAUAAACUUCUUACUACCUUUGAAGAUCGGUGCAAGAAGCAGGGCAAACCUGGUGAAAGGUGGCAUUGGUAUCAAAAGGAGCUACGUUUUUUGUUUGAGUCUUCGCUUCGGGAUAUCCUGGAAAGCCACUCAGUCUGGAUAUUUAUUGAUGCGCUGGAUGAGUGUGACGAAGAGUAUAGGGCCGAGUUCAUAGAAGAGCUAAAGGACUUGUUUGAACGACUCCAGCCCACCAGUUCAGAUUGUCAUGUCUUUUUCACUUGCCGUCACAAUCCGGUUGCUGACCCUAACUCAGAAUCCGGAAUAUGUGCUGAGCAUCAGAAUAAUAGCGAUAUUUUGACCUAUGCACAAUCCAGACUUUCCACUCGACCUAGGAUUCCGAUAGUAACUCGGGAGGCUAUUGCAACAACGAUCGCUAAGCGCGCUAAGGGCAUUUUCCUAUGGGCGCGUCUUAUUAUAGAUAGAGCUCUAGAACGUGAGCCUGAUGAGUUUGGGUUAGAGAUGAUUGAAGAGAUUAUAUCUAACUCACAGGAUCUAUAUGGCUUAUACGGUGAACUCAUUAAGGAAAGGAAGGAGAAGGGGGAGGCAGAACUGCAAGAUACCCUCAAACUGAUCCAAUGGAUCUGCUUUGCCAGGUGGCCUCUAACUCUAGAUGAAUUGCGAUGGGCUAUAACUAUUAAUACUAAUAUAAAGAGCCCAUAUCAGCCCUUAAAAGAAUUUAAGAAUUCGCGCUAUUAUACGUCUAAUAAUGAAGUGAUGGAAAGGAGAGUCAAAACUUAUAGUUGUGGGCUUGCUGAGGUUGUGGAGUUAGACCAGACUCGAGUUGUGCAGUUUAUCCACCAGUCAGUUAAGGACUUUCUCCUUCAUAAGGGCCUAUCGACUCUUGACCACAGCCGGAGCUCUAUGGGUAAUGCUAUAGGGCGCGCACACUAUCAACUGUCCAGGGCCUGCAUACGCUACUUCGCAAUUGUAGGGGUUGUUCAGGCACCUAGCGACCUGACAAGCAUAAUAGCUUACCUUGAAUUCUUUGGUCGCAUUGCCGCUUUAAUGUCUGAGUUUCCAUUUUUACGAUACGCAACGACCUCGUGGAAGUUGCAUGUACAGCAAAGCGAGUCACAUAAUGUUCCUCAAGAUGAUCUUUUAGACUAUUUCAACUGGCCAUCUGAGGAUCUUAUAGAAACGUGGGCACAACUUCGCAUGGGCCGACGGGGUUACGGAAAGCACACCUUGCUACAGAUAGUAUCAGAAUACGGUAUGAUUAGCCCACUGCGAGCGAUUCUGCAAAGGGCAGACGAGAAGGGCGUUGAUAUUACUUCGGUGAAUAGUGCAAGCCAAUCGGCCCUCUUUUUCGCUGUCCAGGGGGGUGAUGAUACAGCUGUAGAGCUCCUUAUCAACACUGGCAAGUUUGAUGUUGAGGUAGAGAAUUUUACCGCGCUAUCCCUGCUCUCUUGGGUUAUACUCAAGCUACUCCCAAACAUGGGUGAGACUGAUGCCGAUACAACGGAUGGAGUUAAAAUUAUACCGCUAUUGUUUGCCUUUUCAAGGUUGUAUGUGGUUAUGGUCAAGUUCCUAUGUACGCUUAGAUGGCUUAUAUCCAAACCGAUUCCUAACAGACAUAAGGUCGAUGUUAAUACAAUGAAUGCUAGAGGAAUGACACCACUUAUGUGCGCCGUUUUAAGAGGACAUGUGAACAUGGUCAAGCUCCUUCUUAAUAUUCGCAAUAUCAAUGCUGAUAUAAGGGGUCGUCGGGGCGAGUCGUUGCUCUCCUAUGCUGCUCAAGGCGGGCAUGAAUCCAUUAUCAAGCUUCUUCUUGAUAUACGCAGAACUGAUGCUGAUAUCAAUGCACGGGGUAGGAAUGAUCAUACACCCUUAUCUCUGGCCACUAAAGGAGGGCAUGAGGCCGUAGUUAAGCUCCUUCUCAAUACUGGUAAAGUUGAUGCUGAUAUCAAUGCGCGGGAUAGGAAUGGUCACACACCCUUAUCUCUGGCUGCUCGAGGUGGGUAUGAGGCCGUGGUUAAGCUCCUUCUCGAUACCGGCAAGGUUGAUGAUAUCAAUGCACUGGAUAACGAGGGUCAGACAGCACUCCAUGUAGCUGCUGACUGGCCCCGAGAAACUGUAGUCAAGCUACUUCUUGAUACUGGCAAUGUUGAUAUCAAUGUACGGGAUAAUAAAGGUCAAACGGCACUCCAUAAGGCUGCUAGACAGGGGGCUAAGGCCGUGGUUCAACUCCUCCUUAAUGAUGACAGGGUCGAUAUUAAUAUAAAGGAUAACAACGGUCAGACAGCAUUCGGCCUAGCUAUAAAGCGGGGCUUAAAUCUAGACACAUGGCUAGGCUAUUUUUUGAUACUGGGGAAGCGGCCUAUGGCCUCGCUACCAAGAAGGCCACGAGACAGGCGUGGAAGGUUGAUAUCCAUGAAAAGGGCAACUAUUGAGAGGCCUCACUCUAAGGUGCCACACUCAAUUGCGAGGCAGAGCGAAGGGGGUCAAUCUGACUCUCGAAGAUGGAUCUCUAGAUGCAGCCUAGAGGAAACCAGGUAG